AUGACCAUGCUGAUUCGCCGCGGGUGGAGUCUAUAUGCGGUGACUGGGUCCGCAGCCGCCGCAGGUUCAAUCGCGACCGAGAACCCACUGUCAGGAUGGAUCAGGGUGUGGACCACGUUGCUUAUUCUUCUCGCCAUGGGGUACUUCAUGCGUCGCCAAAUCCUCGGACAUAUUGUCUCGUUUGCCGCGACAUGGGCAGCGUCCAAGACGGUCCAGUUCGUCAAGAUCGAUAAGGUGAUCUUAAAACCAUUGCAAUUCUUCCACGUCGAAGUCAUGACGCGCGAUGGAUGGAGGAUUCUUAUCACACGCGUGGAGUUCGACGUUCGCCUCAAGACGUUCCUGUCUUCGUUCGGCCAAAUGAAGCUAGUGUGGGUCGUCGUGGAUGCAUUGUCCGUGACUCCGCCAAGCGACAUGCACACGAAUGCUUCGAGUGAAUCUCUCCCCGAAGUUGCUCCCUCGACAACAACUCCAACGGACACCGCCAAUCAUCGAAAACCCGUCACGGCCGUCAUGGGUGUGCUCAAGUUUGCCGAGCUGCAGAUCAAGUCAGUCUCUUGUACGGUGUCGGCGCCGCUUGUUGUCGACGGAUCCGCAGUCCAGCUCGUAGUUCAAUGCACUGGGAAGGACUUGGAACUCGCUGUGAAUGACAUUUCCGUAUCUACAGGGAUCAUGACGACAGCGUUCUCGCACUCGUCGUCGACUUGUCUCGUGCAGGUCGUCGCCACAAACUCCCGCGUUCCUGACCACCUCUUCAUCGAUCCGUCGACGUCCUCGUCCAUCCACUUGAACCACGUUCGAUUGAUUGUCAAGGCCCAUUAUUUGACCAAACUCAUUCACGAUGUGCACCUCGUCGGCACAGGUCCCGCGCCUUCCGCCACGGCUUUCGUCCGCGGCAGCGUCGUUCAGCUCAUUCAGCAGAUGCUGCACAAGCCACGGAAACCACACGAAGCGGCGCCUCGGUCGUCCCACCACUUGCUUGUCCACGAUAUGUUGCAGGUCGUGGUCGAAAAUGUCCCCGCCGCCGCUCACGUGUUCGUCCCUGAUACCGCCGUUCAAGUGUCGUGGGCCAGUCAUGUUGACGUCGUCAAGGUCGCGUACUCGACGAAACGUCAUCGAGUCGCAGCGCAAGUGAAUUCAAAGACGAUGUCGGUUGCCUUUACCGACAACGUUGGCACCGCGGUGCCAUGGGUCGACCUGUCUGGCAUUGAAUUUCACGUCGACGAGGCCAGUGACGAAGCCAGCGCCAAGGAAGCGAUCGUCACCACCGUCCACGCCACAAUAGCGUCCAUUGCCGUUGAAAUGUCGCCAGCGGUCCAUGAACACAUUCGCGUUCUUCAGGCUCUCAUGGCCUUUCCCUCAUCACCCGACCAUCGGCCUCGUCAACGGCGGCAACUUUUGCUUCACAUGGAAACUCACGAUUUUUCCGUGGCGGUCAAAGGCUCGUCAGCCAACGAUACAUGCGUCGCGGCGUUUGUCCACUUAGUUCUCGAUGUACACAGCCCUGGAAACGUAUCCAUGUCGUCAGAGAAGGCAACUUUGAACGUCGCGACCGGUGGCGAAGGCAUCCUCCCCAUGCCAUCCUUUGACGUAACAGCCUCGAGAUCGCACAUCACGUGGUCUCGUCUUCCUCGCAAGCAUGGCCAAGUCGAGUUGGAGUCGCUGGAGUGGUCCAUGCUUACCAACAAUCGUCGCCUGGACUGCACCGCGGUCGUCUCGACGGACGUGAUCUCUCCGCGAGUGCUUUUGACGGGGUGCCGAGUUCAACUAUCCGACGCGAACGACGUCCGCACAGUCGUGGUGCAAAUCAACGACACGGUGGCCUACUGGAACCAUGCGAGCAACAUGGAAAACGUCGUGGCCAUGCAUUCUCUAGCCCACACGUGCCAACGGCUUCGCAAGCCAUCGACCACAACCGCAGAAUCUCCAUCACCUCAAUCGACCAAAAUGCCGCUCGACCUGUCGAUCGCUUCCAACUCAAUUGCAUUGCACGUGAGUGGAAUGGCGCAUCUUCCAGACAAAACGCACGUGUUUACAGUCCAAGCGCUGACAUACCACGUCGUCGAGAGCGAUUAUGGCAAAGUCACCACUGUUCACGCGGGCGUUGGGGCUGUCGCUCGUACUGGCAACUCAGACAAGUUGAUUCAAGUUUCGUCGGUCGGGAUGCGCAUGACGCGCAGCGCCGCAACCGGUGCUGACGCCGCCACGUUGGACGUUCACGACGUCAGCCUCGACAUGCCCGCCCACUGGAAACUCAUGGUGUUUGUCAAGCAAGUCCAGCAGAUCUUCAGCACAUCCAUCGACCAAGGCAAACGCAGGCAUCCACCGUUGGAGCUCUCGGUGCAUGUCACCAACUUCGUCAUGACGUUGACCUUGCCGGACGAUCGAAACAACGCCAAGUUGAAGCUCGCGGGCCAUUCUGUUGACGUGAAAUCUCGAAUCACCAGCUCGUUGGAGCUCUCGCAUGCGCUGGAAGACACUUUGAAGGAGACAGACACGUGCUUUUCGGUGGCCGACUAUCGUGCGCAUGUCGCGAAAACCGCUUCAUUCGCCAUCGAAGCCGAGGCCCAUCAAGUCGAGUUGGGUGUGUUUUCGACCGUGCAAAGUGUGUGGAGCCUCCGGUUGGACACGUUAUCACUGGUCGGCGACAUCCAUGAAGUGUCGCUGCGUGCGUCUGCCGUAAACAUUCCCCGAUCGCGAAUUUGUGUGGGAGUCCGUGCCGGCAUUCAACGGCCGACUCUGCAUGUCGACAAGGUGUUUGUUGCACUCGAGGUCAUCCCGAUCACUCUAUCGUCGCUGGACGACUUGAUCAACACGUCAUGUUUGGACAAAGACUACGUUCGGGUGAACCCCCGGCACAGAACGUUUGGCAGCGUCGAGGUUGCCGUGUUCGACAGCUCGUGGACGGCAUCGUUGACGUCCGAGAAUGUGCUGAGCGGUCACCUGAGUGAGAUUCGCCUCGCCAUGGACAAAACGAAUCGAAUUGAUUGCCAUGUCGCGGAUUUGAGCCUCGACCUGUCGUCGGCGCAACUCCUUCAGGUCAGUCAAGUGCAGUGGGCUGUUCAGUUUGUCCACCAAGGUACCGUCGCCGGCGUCGACGCGUGGCAUGCCGUGGUGUCUGGCACCAUCACAAGUCGCGACAAGAUCCCCACGGUGAGAGAAAACAAAUUGUCGCUCGAAUGGACUACGCUGGUGGGCGUGAUCAAGACAUUUCUAACCGAGCAGCUGUUGCCGCCCUGCGUCGAGCGGCAUCGACCGGCCCAAGGGUUCAAUGCGUUGACCGAGAUCAGCGCGAGUUUGGCGCUGCGUCCAGUUCAAAUAGGGUGGUCGGAAGCCAACACACCUACGCUCAUCCAUUUUGAAAUGAACCAAGUCGACGUGUCGUUCCGGGCUACCAAAACCGACAUGCACUGGUUGCCCCAAUCGUUUGCGGUCGACGUGAAGUCGCUGCAAGGAUUGAUCUUGGAAGGCUCGGACAGCAGGAUGCCUCGCCCAAACUCGUUUGUCGUGCAAGCUGCCAGUGUGCACGCUGUCAACGCAUCGGUUCAAACGAACAAGCACGUGCCAAUCCAGGUCGACAAACUCAAGCUACAAUGGACGGUGGCCAUUCGCGACCACAUCUUUCACAUGGUCGACAUCAUCCACGACGACAUCGUCCAUCUGCUCGAAAUCGUGCGUGGGAACGGGGAGCGACCGACGUCCACCACUCUGUUGGUCCACAAACGGACGUCGCCAACGUCCUUGUUGGACCUUCUCCAUCAAGGAAAACUCGGCCAGUCCGACGAAAGCAACACAAGCUCGAGUCAAAAGAAACUUGAUGCGGGCAAACAGCCAUUUGUCAACCAUUUCCCCACAGGCCUCGUCCUGACCAAGCAAUUCAGCAUUACGCUCGUCGAAACACAGAUUCACGUGGCAGAGCCAGAGUCGAAGAGCAGCAUGGUUGUGGCCUCUCAACGCAUUCAAAUUGAACUCGGCAAGGACCACUUGGUGGCGUACACGAUGGCGGACAUUGUGUUGACCGAUAUGUCGUGCCACGUGGCACCGUUGGACGUCGACAUUGACGCGGGGGUGCUGUGGUACAACCCCCAGCAGCGCAGCGUUGGCGCCCCAUCGUUGUUGCAGCCGAUCAUGAACGAGUGCUCGAUCACGUGCAAGUACAACAUGGCGCUGUUCAACCAAGCCACGUUCAUCCAAAUCGACAUGCCGUCGAUGGUCGUUGGGAUGGACUCGAACCAGUUUUUUCAAUGUUUUAGUGUUGUGAGGCAUGUGCUCUUGGCGCCCCCCAAAGUGCCCAAGCCCAAGCCCAACGUGGCCCCCUUGACCAUGGACAAGAGCGUCAAACUCAAAAAGUUGCAGGCAGCAGUCUCGGAGGAGCUGCGCAUGGCAGGUCUGCGAUCAACUCCAUCCGGAUCACCGUCGACGGCGCUGAAAUGCGUGGCGUUUCGAAUCGGCCGAGCUCAAUGCAGGUUUCGCACGGGGCCCGAGGAUGGUGGCACCGAAUUCGUCGCGAUUGGAAUGGACGAAGCGGAGGGUAGCCACGUCUACUUUGACGAUUCGUGCACCAAGUUUGGCAUCAACAUGCAGUGGCUGGAGAUUCAAAACCUCAAACCAGGUUCUUCCUCCAUGUGCUUUGACGACCCGAUGUCCGUUGUGAAGCCUCGGCUUGACGACGGCGCCGGGCAACAGAUCAAGACGAUGUUGUCCAUCCGAGCCGAGAGCAAGCCCUUGCCGCCAAGCCAGCUCCAGCCGGGCGUGCGGGUGUUUGACAUGGUCGAAGUCAGCAUCUUUCCCGGCAUUCCAUACGACAUUUCGAUCCAACUCGCCGUCGAUUUCUACGAGCUCAUGUUCAAGUUCUUCUUUGGCACACAAGCCAAGACGACCGCGCACGAAAUGAAAAUGCACAUGACAAGUCCCAUGGCGAAAUUCGGCAUGAAAGAGCUAUUGACGCGGCCACCAUCGCUGCCAACCGACGCGACCCCGUCGUCCGACGACCUCCUCGCGGACGAAGAUGAUGAAAUUGCCGAAAGUUCGGGCGCCGAGCUCUUCUUCUUCAAUUACGUGCGCAUCGGGAACAUUUGCCUCAACAUUUCGUGCCUCGGGUUUGUCGUCAACUUGAACGGAUUCGAACUGGAGCUGCCCCACUUUGUGUGCCAGGGCAAGCUAUGCACGUGGAAGCAGCUUCUGCGCAAAUUUGAAGGCCAUUUGGCUUGGCACGUAACCAAGGAAAGCGCGUCGUCCGGGCUAAACCACGUCAAGAAGAAAUUCCUCACGCUCAACAAGACAUUCAAGCGCAAGGACAAACCGGCGACUCCGACCACCAAGAAGGACACGACCGAGAACAUGGCGACACUGUUUGGUCCGUACCAUCAACACGACUGAGUAGCAAGCACGAACGAUUGACGAACGGGUGCAGCACGUCAAGAGUACUAGUACAUCAUAAUUCCCGUAUAAUACACAUCGCACUCGUC